GCUCCAGGGACCGGCUUUGAGCAGCGCCUGUGAUGGGGGGGCGCAGAGAGCGUGUGGAAGAUGGCGACGCCCUCAGGCUCGAGGAGGAGGAGUCGAAGGAAAGAGGCGGUGAGGGGGGAGGGAAGAGAAAAGGGCCGACUCUUGACUCAUGCGCACAUCUCUACGGGUCCAGUUCGGUUUCUUCCUUUCUCCAGGCCCGAGGUGCUGAGCUGACCCGCACGUGGAGCAUCAUGGUGGUGGGCACAGGCACUUCUUUGGCCCUCUCUUCGCUCCUGUCCCUGCUGCUUUUUGCAGGGAUGCAGAUGUACAGCCGGCAGCUUGCCUCCACAGAGUGGCUUACUAUCCAAGGAGGGUUGCUGGGCUCAGCACUCUUUGUUUUCUCCCUCACUGCCUUCAACAAUUUGGAGAACCUGGUCUUUGGUAAAGGGUUCCAGGCCAAGAUAUUCCCUGAGAUUCUCAUCUGCCUCUUAUUGGCUCUCUUUGCCUCUGGCCUCAUCCACCGUGUCUGUGUAACCACCUGCUUUAUCUUCUCCAUGGUUGGUCUUUACUACAUCAACAAGAUCUCCUCUGCUUUGUAUCAAGCAACUGCCCCAGUCAUUGCCCCUGCCAAGGUUACAGGCAAAAGCAAAAAGAGGAACUGAGCCCAAAAUGACCAAUAAAGCUGACUCCUUUGUAA